CACUGGCGACUGUUACGUUUGUCUAGUGAGCGGCGCGGAAAACGCGAGGUAGUCGUGCUUUAGUCAGUUAUCCAGGAAGUGUUUCGAUGCCGAAGAGAAUUACCUUUCUCCCCGCGUUAUCGCUUCUCUCCGUAUAGCUACUAAUCGCGAAUCACAGAAAUGCGAAAGUAAGUGAAGAAGAACACGUGAUUAUGAAUCGCGUUUCUUGUAUCAAAAUGCAUCGAUCGAACGAACAUGACUGGAUUAUUGUUUGUUAUACUUAUCUUGACACGUGCAGUCGCAGGAUUUCGACUACCCGCGGCCAAUGAAAAACGAAUGAGAAGACUGAUACGUGAUUGGGCGCCUCUAGUAUGGCUCGCACCAGGAGAACGAUUCUUACCCCUUGGUGUAACUGAAUUUCUCGAUAACGUACAGUCUGAUCAAUAUUAUCUUCGUACUAGAAUAGACAUAGAAUCUUUAUUAAAGAAUCAAUCGUCUUUCUUAUAUGGUCGAAAACCCGCUGGAACUGUGCCCGUUUAUGCUCUUGUGAAAAACUGCGUUUCCAGAGAUGCCUGGUUACACAUGAAGAAAACUAAACACACGUCAAAGAGCGAACGGAAUAUGCUGCUACAGGAUUCUGGACUUUUAUCUCAACGACAAUCUAAUGAUGCCAAUGAUAUAAGAAUACAUAUUAAAUUGCGAGAACGAAUGCAACAGAUGAAAUCAGAGGCGCAAUUCGAAAAAGUCAGAGAGGAAAGUGGAUGUCGAAAAGUGCACUUUCACGUGACCUAUUGGAUGUUCUAUCCAUUUAGCGAGGGAAAAACGAUCUGCGUACUAGAUCUUGGAUUAUUCGGCAGCUGGCCGAUACCUACCAUGGGUGGCGUAUGCAUAGGCACUCUCAAAGAAUACGGCAGUCACAUCGGAGAUUGGGAACAUAUGAGUCUUUAUUUUAAGGAUAACGAGUAUCCUCUGGCGAUGUAUGUAUCAGCCCAUGAUGCAGGUGCAUUUUAUCGAUACGAUCCACAAAAUGGUACUUUUGUCUACGAACGUCAGGAGACAAGAAAAGGUCUUUUUCAGAAGCCAACGUUUCCUGAAAAAGUUUAUACCGCCGAUGGUACGCAUCCGAUUUUAUUCAGUGCGCGCGGCUCUCAUGGACUCUGGACAGCCCCGGGAAAGCACAAAUUUGUUCGCGUACCACGUCUGUACGAUGAAAGCGGAUUCGGGAUUGCCUGGCCGACGUGGAAAAAAUUGGAAUUGCUCUUGGAAGAGAACAACGAGCCUUUACCAGGCUGGAUGACUUUCAAAGGCAAAUGGGGUAAUCCCAGCAGUAACUGUCAUCCGCUAGCAAAAUUAGGUUUUAAUAUUUGUGAAUUUGUAGACGGCCCAACCGGAAUCCCUAUGAAAAAGUUCAAUUUUCGAUGUUAA